GUUGCAGGUCUGCCUGUCGGCAGUGGGGCUGGUGGGGGACCUGUGCCGAGCCCUGCAGUCCAACAUCCUCCCCUUCUGUGACGAGGUGAUGCAGCUGCUCCUGGAGAACCUGGGGAAUGAGAACGUGCACAGGUCAGUGAAGCCACAGAUCCUCUCGGUGUUCGGGGACAUCGCCCUGGCCAUCGGGGGCGAGUUCAAGAAAUACCUGGACGUGGUGCUCAACACCCUCCAGCAGGCAUCCCAGGCCCAGGUGGACAAGUCCGACUAUGACAUGGUGGAUUACCUGAACGAGCUGCGGGAGGGCUGCCUGGAGGCCUACACCGGCAUCAUCCAGGGCCUCAAGGGAGACCAGGAGAACGUGCACCCUGACGUGAUGCUGGUGCAGCCCAGGGUGGAAUUUAUCCUCUCCUACAUCGACCACAUCGCCGGCGACGAGGAUCACACGGACGGGGUGGUGGCCUGUGCUGCUGGACUCAUAGGGUGAGCAUUCCCCAGCCCAGUCCUCCUGGC